UUCAUUGCUGUAGCUAUGGUAAAUGGAGUUUUCUGCCUGUGCUGAAUGCAUUAGUCUAAUGAGACGUUUGCAAGCAGAGAGCUGAGCUGCUGGAGCCCUAGAGCCGCCUGCUAGAGAGAGGAAGAAGAUGGCUCUGUGCUGUGUGCAUGCGUCGGCGAUCAUCUGCCCUUCAGGUCACAACACUAGUGCUGUGUAAGGAAGCUGACAGCUGCUCUGCUACAACAUACUGGUGAUGCACUAUGACGGCUUCUAAUACCCCUAAUUAGAAGGAAAGAUUACAAGCUCAUUCUCUGUGUAUAAAUCAUUCCUUACCACAAGUGAAAUAUCAAAUAGUGGAAAUGCAGUCUCCAAGAAUACCUGGUAGAAAACGAGGGAGGCCCCCACUUCAUUCCAAUCCUCUGAAGAUGGCCGUUCACAACCUGUACUCGGGCUCAGUAGGGUCAAUCCCAACUGUGAAAAUUCCAAAGAAGCGAGGACGGAAGCCAGGCUUUAAGCUGAAAUCCCGUAUUGUAAUGACCCCUUUAGCCAUCUCGCCUCCUCGUAGCACUCCGGAGCCAGAUAUUAGCUCCAUUCCCCAGGAUGCAGCUACUGUGCCCAACUCUGCUGUUCCACAGUCUCUCACAGUUUGCAUUCAUGUGAACAAACAAGGUAAUACAGGGCCAUAUCUGGAUCGUAAGAAGGUUCAGCAACUCCCAGAUCACUUUGGGCCUGAGAGGCCUUCGGUGGUGCUCCAGCAAGCAGUGCAAGCUUGCAUUGACUGUGCUCACCAGCAGAAGAAUGUCUUCUCUCUAGUAAAGCAGGGCUACGGAGGAGAAAUGGUCUCAGUUUCUGCUUCGUUUGAGGGGAAGCAGCAUCUCCUCAGCCUUCCUGUUGUUAACAGCAUUGGAUAUGUUUUACGCUUCCUGAAGAAGCUGUGCCGCAGCCUCAUAUGUGACAAUCUGUUCAGCAAUCAGCCAUUUGUACAGUACAGCAGUACCACAGACAACCCCAAGGAGUACGAUACUGGAAGGAUGGAGUCAGCAGAAACCGUGAUACCUGAAGAUUACCUGGUUGAUCCUGUGAACACAAAGAGAUACAAUAUGGAUCCAUCUGACUCUGCAUUUAACUACAUGGGUUCCAUGUAUCCUAUGAGGCAGAGCUCCGGGGAAGGACGUCUUGGAGGAGGAGGGAACUCAUCUUCCUCCUGUAAUCUUCGACCAAGCCAGAUGUCCUCUGGUGGGUCAUCAUCUACAAGCUUAAGACGGCAGACGUCUAGCCCUACUAGAAAUUCAACAUACCUUGAGGGAAACAGAAGUGCCUCAAGUCCUUCUCCUGACAACCAGGAAUCCGUAAGACCAACCAGCAAAGACCCCUCUAACUGGAGUGUUGAAGAUGUAGUGUGGUUUGUGAAGGAUGCAGAUCCUCAGUCUUUAGGACCACACGUAGACCUUUUCAGAAAACACGAAAUUGAUGGCAAUGCCUUGUUGCUGUUGAAAAGUGAUAUGGUCAUGAAGUAUUUGGGACUAAAACUGGGACCCGCUCUGAAACUGUGUUACCAUAUUGAUAAGCUGAAACAACUAAAGUACUAAUGUUCAAAAAAAUAAAUAAAAAUUAAGAUAGUAUCUUAACACAGGAGAGGUAACAUGUUGCCUUAUUUAAAAAAAAGACCAUUCUGCCACUUUUUGUGCAUAAGUUUGUCUUUUGUAUAAAACAUGUGUGUGAUUAUAUUCCCAUUUGCAGCCCACAUUUAGAACUGGGAAGACACGCAAUACAUUGGUCUGAAGGUGGCUGAUAUUAGUCUUUUAUAAAUGAUCAUUGUCAUAAAUUGCCAAAAAACAAAUCAUCUUCAAAGCCAAUACAUUGACAUUUUGACAGGUGCUGAGAAAUAAAAUACUCCUGUACAAUUAUUACUGAAAUCUAACAAUAAAUCUACUGACAUGAGGCCAAAAGCAAUAUUUGCCAUAUUUACCUUGUUGCUGGCUACAAGUAUGACCGUCAUGUACAGACACUAAAAGGAUAUCUAUUUACAUUAAGUGCGUAAUGCACAGAUUUAUAGUAAUCUUUUUUUAAUAAAAU